ACCUGCCUUGCACAGCACCUGUGGGUGCUCUGGUGCAGCUGCUUCAAGUAGGAGCCCUGGUUUCCUGUGGGUUGAGAUGGAGGAGCAGGGUGGGCAGCAGUCACUGCUGUGUUUCCCCUGCUGCAGGCCUCAAGGCAUGAGUGAGUGGAAAUUUUCCCUUGGUGCUGUGGCAGUUAUUUCUACAAAUGCUUUAAUGGAACAGUUGUAUCUAAAAUAUCAACAAAGACCAUGGACUGAAACUCUGAAACUUGUCCAUUUUUGCAUGGAUAAGCCACGUCCAUCUCCUGCCAGUAAUGCUCCAGAUGCUCCGCUGCUCUCAUGCAUGGAGAAGUUGCAGAGGACUCUUAAUGAUAAAUCUUUGUUUUCUGUGAUGAACAGAUUGGAAUCUUUAGCCAAACAAAAAGGGCUUAACUCUCAUGUUAGCCCCAGUGGGACUGCCUGCUACAUAACCUCAGACAUGUUUUAUAUAGAAGUACAGCUGGAGAAGGAUGGAAGGGUGAUGGAUGUAAAGCUGGCUCACCUUGGAGAGGCUCCUGUGAUCUGUGAUGACUUGGUGCAGCACCUAAGGAUGAAGAACUAUGACGCAUUUGGAAAGAUUCUAGAAGACCUGUCAAAUCUGUAUCAAAUUCCAGGAAACAGUGAAAUGAAAGCUAAGGGUUACCUUGCAUUGCAGUCUCUUGAAAAAGAUCUUUAUUCAAUGUCUCUUCUACACAGAUCACAGGAUGUAAACAGAGUUACUGAAGUACUUCAUGGAAAAGUAGGACACCUGGUGCCAAGAACUGGAGGAACUCCUAUGAACAUUGAAUUUUACAUUUCUCCAUAUCAAAUUUUGGAAGCAGAGCUCAAUCCUGGUUCUCUGGUGUGUGGAACAAAAGCAGUUGUAACUGUUGAAGGCACAGAUGUGCUCCACAAGCUUCCUCUUUCUCCACUGGUUGUAGACUCUCAAGCUGGAGAAGAUGGCAACCCUACUUUUUUGCCACUGACCAAUGAACUCAGCAUGGAUUUGUCAGCUUAUUUUUUGUUGAAGUUUCAUCAGCCUAUUCCUCUGUCCUUAUCCAAUAUUGAAGAGAUACAGAUGCUCACAGGAAUUCAGAUUACUGCCUUGAAACUAGCUCCUUUGUAUGAGCUGAUUAUUCAAUCUGCCCUUAACGAAAAAGGCAGAGAAGAUUUGUCUACGCACAACUCCUGUUUCAUUGUGUCUCUUCCAGAUUGCCCAAAGCACUGUUAUUUCAUAAACAAGGGCCCCGAAAAAUCAAAUUUAGCAGGGGCCUUGCUGAGUAAAAUCCCAUUUACCCACCCGAAGUGUGUGCCUGCUGUGAUAGAGAUUCUUCGACUUCAGGUGGCAUAUAACAGUCUUAUUAGCAGCUGUGUCUCUGACAAGUGUCUAAGUGAAGAUGAUUCAGAACUGCUCUACUUUGAAGUGACACCACACAAGAACACCAGCUUUUCUGUCUUCUUCAUUCAUCCAACAAGAGAGAAUUUAGCCUGUGUGACUAUUGAUGUCGUAACCUCCAGAGAAGUCCAAUGCAGCCUUCAUUUACAUCCUGAGGAUCCAACUCUAAAUUCUAGUGAUGGCUUUAUAUCGAGAUCUGUGAAGUGCUGCAUGUCAGUCCCAGUUGUCAUGAGAGCUAUUUUCAGGAAUGCUGCCAAGGUGGGAGCUGAUAGUGAAACACAAGGCACAGAAGUAGACACAAAACAAAAACCUGAGCUGCAGCGUGAGCAAAUUAUUGAUUCUAAUAGUCUUGAAGAAAGUCCUUCUGUAGCUGGACAGCAAGAUCUGGUUAAGACAAAUAAGGAAAGUGUUCCAGACAGCCCAGAACAAAGACUCUCUACAGCCAAACUGGAAACUCUGGGUGAUGAGAUGGAAAAAAGUAACACUACAGUCAGCACAGAAACUUUGUCCGGAGUGGAAGGAAGUGAUUCCACAGCUAGCACAGAAGCUGCAAGGAAAGAUAAGUGAAAUGCAUCACAAAAUCUAUUGUUCAAUAAUCAAGCAAGAGAGCAAUAUGUUCCCAAACAUAACUUGCUUUUGCAGUAGUAGAUGGAGAGAACUUGGCAAGCCUGCUGUCUACUUAAUUUCUGAAUGGAGUUUCCUGUUUAUGCACUACUACCUGCAUCCAAAUAAUACUCUUCAACUUGCACUUUUUCCUUGGUAACCAUUGGUUUUGUUUCAUCACAUUCUACUACAGGAUAGAAAAAAAAAUCUGUUUGAUUUAUGUGAUGCAGGUUAUAACACAACGAAUGCACUAUAAACAAAGUAUUUAUCAGUGUCAGUAUUAUGUUAAAUAAAUUGAGAAAAAGCUGUUUGAGCAAUUCUGUCAUGUAUAAUGUAUGCAAAUAGCCUUAUUCAAUUCCACUACUUCAGUAACAACUUCAGUAUGAGAUUUUUAAUUGCACAGUUAAUUUUUGUUGUUGUUGUUCAUCUAAUGCAGAAAGUGAUACUGAAUUGCAACCAAACUUAAAGCGUAACAACUCCAUGGCAGGAUAAUAGCUUUUAUUAAAAAAUUCACAUUAUUUUUUCCAAACAAUCAGUUCUUAAUUCUUGCUUCUUGGUUUUGGCUACAAAGUGUAAAACCACUCUGUGCCUUUGUUGUUGUAGUUGUAGCUAAGUCAGUUGUUCAAAACUUAAGUUUUCUCUGUGUAGACCUACUUUGUAGAAGAAAUUUAAAAGCAAAAUAAAGUACACAAACUCUUGACUUAGUGAUUAAUUACUAUAACACAGAAGAAAUCUUUUCUUUGUGAGUAUCUAACCAGAGGAAUUUGCAGCUACAGUUGAGGCAUUUCUAUAGAAACCAUUAGGUCAUGGUGAAGGGGUGUAGCCAGCCCUGGGAGCACAGCUGGAAGCAAUUCAUCUGAGUGACUGGAAGGGGUUGAUCAUAAGGGUCCAGCCCUACCUAACUUUCUUUAAGGGCUGGCAGCCCCAAGGGAAGCAUCAGUACCUGGACAUCACCCUUUGGGAUGCUUGGUGAGCCCUGAGCCUCAGAAAAAGGUAAGGGGUUCCUUUUUUAUUACUGCUACCUUUUUUGGGUGAUUCAAAACUGACUGGUUUAAAGCAACUAUAUCUGCUGCCUCCUAUCCUUACAGCAAAUAAAAGGAAAAGAAAUCAAAUACAGAAUGUUGGAACAGAAAUACUAAGUUGUUAGAUACGUGUUUGGCUAACCAUGUUUUCAAGAGAUGGUGAAUAAACCUGGCUUCCUUCUAGAGCUGGAGAACUGUAAACAAGAGAGAGUUCAAGAUUAAGGGACUAGCAAAUAAAUACAAAACUAACACAAGGGCAUUCAUUAGACUAGAAAUGUGUGAUGUGGUUUGAAAGGGUAAGAGGAGCCAGUUUUCUGUUAGAACAGCA